UUUUGUUUAUCCAAAGUCAUUUACUGAGUUUGGUGGUUUUUGCCGGAUGAGACAACCUACCAGUUGUUGCGGCUCUUUGAAGAGUGAGAAAGAGAGAGACUUUUUUUAGAGAGAGAAAGAAACAAAGCAUUUCAGAGAGAGAGAGAGAUUGUGACUGCUAUAGAGAUGGGAUCUCACUCUCACCAGCAGAAUCAUUACUGCUAUUAUUACCACUUCAACCACUGUGUUUGAUCCAUUUCAGCAACUAAAUCUUUUUCUUCUUCUUCCUCCUCAGAUCUUCCACAUUUCCAUGGUUAUAGUUCAAAAUGGUGAUCUGGUAGGACUUUGAGUGUCCGUUAGAUAACCAUCUUGUGCUUUGUCCUGUGCCCCUCAAAGAAGCUUGAUGGGUUCCAGAUUCCCAUCUCAUCAGCUCAGCAAUGGUCUAUACGUAUCAGGCAGGCCUGAGCAGCCAAAAGAAAGAGCACCUACGAUGGGCUCAACGGCCAUGCCCUAUACUGGUGGCGAUAUCAAGAAGUCGGGAGAGCUGGGGAAAAUGUUUGAUAUCCCUAUGGACGGGUCCAAGUCUAGGAAAUCUGGACAACUAACCAGUGCCCCUUCAAGGACUGGAUCAUUUGGAGGUGCUGCUUCUCAUUCAGGUCCCAUUAUGCCUAAUGCUGCAGCUCGAGCUAACUAUACGACUUCAGGUCCUGUAUCUUCUGGAGGCAUGACUGGUUCUACUUCGGUAAAAAAGACUAAUUCUGGGCCACUCAAUAAGCAUGGGGAACCAUUGAAGAAGUCUUCUGGCCCUCAAUCUGGUGGAGUGACACGUCAAAACUCCGGCCAUAUUCCACCAGUUCUUCCCACAACAGGUCUUAUCACAUCUGGACCCAUAUCUUCAGGUCCACUAAAUUCCUCUGGGGCCCCUAGAAAGGUAUCUGGACCUUUAGAGUCUAUGGGAUCAAUGAAAUUACAAAGUUCCUCUGUUGCUCACAAUCCAGCAGUGACUACUCUUGGCCAAGAUGAUUAUUCUUUCAGAAAGAACUUCCCAAAGACAAUAUUGUGGUCUGUGAUACUGAUAUUUGUGAUGGGGUUCAUUGCUGGUGGUUUUAUUCUUGGAGCGGUCCACAAUGCCAUACUCCUUGCUGUUGUGGGAAUUCUUUUCGCUGCAGUUGCUGCUUUGUUCACAUGGAAUACUUGUUGGGGAAGAAAUGCUAUCGUAAAUUUCAUUUCUCGUUAUCCUGAUGCUGAGCUCAGAACUGCUAAAAAUGGGCAAUAUGUGAAAGUCUCUGGGGUGGUUACCUGUGGUAAUGUGCCCCUUGAGUCAUCCUUCCGGAGAGUUCCUAGAUGCGUGUACACAUCUACAAGUUUAUAUGAGUACCGAGGAUGGGAUUCAAAACCAGCAAACCCUACACAUCGUCGAUUUACAUGGGGACUUAGAUCAUCAGAGAGGCACAUAGUGGACUUCUACAUCUCUGAUUUCCAGUCUGGGUUGAGAGCAUUAGUUAAGACUGGCUAUGGCGCAAGAGUUACUCCUUAUGUUGAUGAGUCUGUCAUUAUUGAUGUUAACCCAGAAAACAAGGACAUGUCUCCAGAUUUUGUCAGGUGGUUGGGAGAGAGGAAUCUUUCAAGUGAUGACCGUACGAUGCGAUUGAAAGAAGGGUACAUCAAGGAAGGUAGCACAGUUAGUGUGAUGGGAGUUGUCCAGAGAAAUGACAAUGUGCUUAUGAUUGUCCCUCCACCUGAGCCUUUGACAACUGGAUGCCAAUGGAGCAAUUGUAUUUUUCCGGCUAGCCUUGAGGGGGUUGUUUUGAGAUGUGAAGACUCAUCAAAAAAUGAUGUCAUACCCGUUUAGUUGUUUGCGCUCCAGAAAACGUUUUCGGGUAUAUUGCUCUUUUGAAAAAUAUUUUGUUCCCAAUGUCAAAAUUGAUGGUGGAUGGCAGUGGUGGUGUUGUAGUGAUAAACAGUGAUGAGCUUGAUGGUUUAAGAUGACGUGAUUUUUCUCUCCUUGUGUAUAGAUUUUAGAAAUUUCUUAUCCAUUGUUUUUCCUAGGGUUUGAAAGUUUCUGUAAUGGUGUGGCUUCAUGUAGUGGGAAUUUUACCAGCUUGAGAAGACUAUGUUAUAAAGGAAAGUGUUAUAUAUUCAUCAGUUUUUUUUUUU